AAUAAUCCAUUUCAUAAUACGUUUUGCUUUAGUCAGCGUUUAUUUCAAACCAAUACCAAAAGAGUGGAUUUUGUUUAUACUGUAAUUUGUUCGAUUAAUUAUAUAAGAGUUAAAUACUAUAGAAACUACAAUCUAUCUCACAUUCAGAAAAUAUAUAAGACAAAGUGGACAUGCUUUGUGAAAUGAAAUAAACGUAACUCAUUUAAAGACACUGAGCAUGAAAGUUGAAAAUGCGAAGAAGAAAAAUAAUUUUAUUUUUCAUAAUCAUCUUUGGUUUACAGCUUUUUUCGGGAAUAUGCUAUAUUGAAGACGUUCAUGACUCAAAUCCAACGAGAGAAAGGGCCAGAAAAAAUCAAGAGGAAAAAUGUUUCUCUCCGAAUAACAUGAUUGUAAAUAAUACAAAAAGGUUAGAUUCACUUUAUAAAGCAUGUGGAAAAUUGGGGUAUUCGGAGGAUGUUAAUGCAACGAAUAUAAGAGCACAUAUGUCACCAAACCUAAAACUUUUGUACUGUAGAGUAAAUAAAUGUGCAUCCACAAUGACACUAGAAUUACUUAAACAAUUGUUUAGCUGUGAUACAGAAUGCUUGAUCAAAAAUGCUGAACGUGUUCGUCUACAUAAAAAUGCACGACAGGUGAUGGAUGAUGCAUUUUCAUUUAUGAUUGUUCGUGAACCUUAUGGCCGUUUGUUUUCCACUUACUGCAAUAUUUUCUAUUUCCCGAAGGAAGAUUGGCUUUACAGAGGAACUCAACUUAUUAAACUUACACGAUUAAAUAUUUCAAAUGACAGUCUAAUUUAUGGGUAUGAUUUAACUUUUUCUGAAUUAGUUAAAUAUACUGUGGACACAUUUGAGAUCGGUAAUCGUUUAGAUGAACAUGUCCGACCAAUGCACCAUAAAUCUUGUAAUCCAUGUGUUUUUAAGUUUAAUUAUAUUGCACAUCUUGAGACCUUACAAAACGACUUCGAUAUCAUUUUUAGUAACCUGUAUAAGGAGGAAUUAGUAGGGAUGUAUCAAAAUGAUACUGUAUUAUCUUUAAAAAAUUGGACAACUUUAGGACCUAUAAAGCAUUUAUUUAGAACUAUUCCUUUGUUGAAAGGUUCCAAUAUAUCUCUUUAUAAUGUGUAUCUUCGUGCGUGGUGUUACUACCAAAUAACAGGGCAUGUACUGAAUGCAAUUAACUUUCCAUUUUAUGAACGCGAUCUGUUUGAAAUUAAAAAAGAAGACUUCAUAACAGAACUGACGAAAGCAAUGAAAUUAUCAGCGAUUCAUAAAGAUAGAUUAAAACUACAGAGAGCGGAAGCGAUGGCUCAGGCUUAUUCAACUAUAUCUGAUGAAUAUAUGGAGCGAUUAAGCAAUGUUGUAUUAGGCGAUUGUCUUUUAUUUGGAUAUGAAAACAAGCCGGCACAUCUAUUUGAUAAAACUAGCUGUUUGCAGAAAAAAACGGAAUUCGAUUACUUUAAGGGUUUGUAAAACCUUUCGAUCAACGCAGAUGAAAUGAUGAAGAACAUUAAAAUACACUUAAAUUCUCAGUACCUCAUAUAAUUCAGUAAUUAUCAAAUCACAAUGUCCUUUGAGAUAAUAAAUUCAAAUGCCUUAGUGUUGAUGAUUAAAUACACUAAAGCAGAUAUAA